AUGCUCGGACAAGUAACUCGUCGUCACAGUAAUCUGAUAGAGGACGCUAAACGCGAUCGUGGACCGCCAAAAAAUUGGUUAGGAAAGGCAAAAUACUACUAUGACAAGUAUAACUGUCGCUACUUUGCUCCAUUCCUUCUUCUCUUCGUCUAUUCCAUUCUUGGUGCAUGGAUUUUCUAUUUAGUAGAGUACAACAAUGAAAAACAAAUGAAAGCAAAAGAGCAAUGGGAGUUGGAUCGAUUGCGAAAUAAUACAUUCCAAAAAAUUGCUGGGUUAUUACAAGCAAAUAGGAGAAGCGAGAGGGUGUCAAAAUCCAGGAACUUAUUGUUAUGGUAUGAAAAAGAAUAUGAAAGAGUGAAGCUCCCAGAAGCUCUCGAAUGGAAUAUGUGGGGUGCCUUGUUCUAUGUAGGAACGGUAUUUACCACCAUAGGUUACGGUAACAUCGUCCCGAGAACCGUGCUGGGGCGAGCCUUAUCGGUGGUAUAUGCCAUUAUAGGUAUUCCACUUGUUCUGGCAAUUCUAUCAAGGUUUGGUCAAUUUCUGGAGCAUACAAUUACUCGGGCAUGGCUUCGACAUCGGAAAAAUAUCAAGAAUGUUCACAGAAAAACCAGCCAACGUCUUCGAAACAACUUACUGAGCAAACCAGGAAAGGUCCUUGAAGCUUUGGAAGAAGGCCGACUAUCACCAACACCGUCAGAACACAAAGAAGGCUUAAUAGAGGAUUCGAGAACCAUCCCAAUCUGGCUGGCACUUCUCCUGUGCAUUGGUUGGGUGUGCGGAUGUGCGGCAUUAUUCCUUAUCUGGGAGAAACGAUGGACGUUCUUUACCAGCCUCUACUUCUUCUUCAUUUCUUUGUCCACUAUAGGACUAGGUGAUGUUGUUCCGGAUCAUCCGCACAUGCUGAUCCUGAUGUUCUUUCUCGUAAUUAUUGGAUUAUCGAUCGUUUCUAUGUUACUUACUGUGAUACAAAUCAAAUUUGAAGAAUGUCUUUACAACUUGAUGAUGAGGAUGCAGGAAGAAUAUCAAAAAAAUUUGGCCAAUGGUACACCUUUCGAUCACGAAGAAAUUCGCAAAAAAGCUAUGGAAGAACAGCCAUUUUUUAUGAAGUUCUUUGGACCAGAUUUGAUGUCCGAUGAGCAGCGGGAGAAAAUCGAGGAAACGGCGCAGCAGUUCGAGAAGAUCGUACGAGAGACAAACACAAAGAACAUCCAAACGGAACCACCUGCGUUCUUCAUGGCUGGAACACAGAUGGAUAAUCUGGCUAAUAGCAUCGCUUGCGAUCCAAUGUCUGACAAUGGACGGGUUGCUAACGGUGAAACUCAAUGGUCUAGAGCCUCCCGACCUGAUGGCAUGAUGUCUGCCGUAAAUGAACAAGCACAAACUGAUAUAGCCCAGUUCCAAAUUGAUGAAAUCAUUUUGAGGCUAGCAGCUUUGCAGGCCAAGGGAUCAUCAUCCGAUGAUGUCGAAGAAGAAAAAAGUGAGUGGUCAUUCCUACCGCUUGGAAAAAGAAGUCAGAAGAUAGAAGAGAAAACUGAGGGGAAGAACGUCAAGGACAUGACGGAUAGAGAGAUCUUGGCAAAAAUGCUGGAAAUGAUGACAAACGCGACAGAGGUGGGCAACCUGCCUGAAAAAGUGGAAUUGGGAGUCAAUACCGUAAUCCAGCCCACAGCGUCAUUGGGUGUAUCCACGGAUCCGGUCACAAGCAGGACCAAAUCUAUGGAAACCGACGUGAAUGAUGUUACCAACAGAAGUAUGGCAACUGAUCGUGUUGAGCUGAUGGAUAAAACCGUUGAAACGUCGAGAAGCGAACGUGUCGAGCCGAAACAGUUGUCCUGGACAGAAAAAACACAUCGUGACAUGAUGACGUCACCAGUUUUACGUCGUCUCCUGCUGAAAACAUCUGCCGCUGACACAUCUCAUGACUACGAUGAUGAAUCGCAACAAACAUCGCUGAUUAUUGAUCGACCAGCACCGGAUACGGAUCGAUCGAUACAAACAUCGCCAAGUGAGCAGCGACGAACUACUCGUUCAGUACAAUUUGCACCGGAUUGUAUCGAGCGAAUGACGUCACCAAUACAGAAUGGUUGGAUCAAUCGAUCGCUUCAGACAUCUCUUGAUGAUACGUUCUGCCGGUCGCAGCAAACAUCGCUGGAUAUGAUUGAUGAGAUGGCGGAAACUAGCCAUGUCGAAUUUACAACCACGGGAGUUGGUCCGGAUCGAGAAGAGCCUGGCCUAUACAGUCCGGGUACUGAUUGGUGUGCCGUUAAUGGCAGCAUGUACGAUAAUCAUCGUAUGCCUGGAAGCAUGGAGACCAGCACGCAGUACUCUCCACCAAUGUCUAGGUCGGUGACGACACAGAACGCGGAUCACCUUAGUGUAGGUAGAAAGGCAAGAUCGAGCUCGACAUCAGGGUUGGGCACAAGCAUCUGUGACGAUGAUAAUCGACAGGAAGUUAUAAUUCAAACUGAUGACUCCUAUCUAAAAAUUGCAAGACGUCUUGAUGAAUACCGAACGAACCACACCCAGUUCCUUCCCGUCGUCGCUGCAUCCCCACUUGAGUCAAGGGAUAUCCAGCCGUUCAAGACCGACCGACCAUCCGAGCAUCGAGGUUACUUCAUGGAUCCAAAAGCUUUGCAAAGGCGACGAUCAUCUGUGAAAAAAGUGCGAAGACCCAGCUAUAAGAGCAGCAAUGCCGAAGCUCAAACUGGUUCAUCGAUGGAUCAUGAACAAUUGGAUCCAUUAUUGAAACAAAACGAAAGAAGUCGAUCGAUCUCACCCGAAUCUCCCCCGCGUCCACGUCGGGUGUUAGCCCGGGUCGCCUCGCUCCCGAUCGGGGUUGCCCGGGGAAAAGUUAGCGAAUUUGUGGCCAAACACGAACGGGGCAUUCCAAAUCCGGCUGUGGUCCGUGACCGACCCGUUCGCAUCGUUCGGCAGUAUGCUAUGGUUGACAAGGCUACAUGA